AACAGUUCCCAACCCAGUGCUUCUUGAGAAAUAUUACAGUGAAAGUGUUUGGAAUUUAAUUUACAGUCGUCUCUCUUUCAUAAAUACCUUAUCGGUGAAGGUUGCGACUUUGAUUACAGUUAAUGACUGUAAGAUUUAAUAACUGAAGACUAAAAGUGACUGUGAAAAGUGUACAUAUAGUAAUUACAAAUAAUUAUCAUUAACAUAAAGUGUGUUUUUCAAAAAGUGAAAAAUAGCUAGUUAUUUAUUACUGUCAUGAUAUAAAUUGAGAAAAAAGAAGCAUGGCUUGUAAAUGGUCAACGAAUUUCAUCGUUCGUUUUCUACAAGAAUACGAAAAGUACCCGUGUUUGUGGGAUGCGAGUCAUCCUUCUUACAAAAAUCGGCAAGACAGACUUUUUGCGGAACAGUGCCUUCAAAAUAUUUUGAAUAUUCAUUGUGAUAUUAAGGCAUUUAAAACAAAAAUUAAAAAUAUCAGAAACACUUAUAAUGACGAGGUGUAUAAGAUGAAGAGCGCAUUUAAUUGCAAGCAGGAGUAUUUACCAAAAUUACUUUGGUUUCCGAUCGCUGAUCGCUUUUUGAAGAAGUCGAGUGAAACUGGAAUUAGUGCCGAAGGGCUGGAAAAGUUGGAAGCAAUAAGACUCGACACCCUGGCCCAUUUGGAAGACUCAGACGACGGGGAACCCUAUGAAAUUCAAGAAAAUAUCUACAUACCAGUUUCGGCUCCCCCUUCUAAUAAUUUAUCUCAAAUAUCAUGUCAAAUAUCACAAACUAGAUCAAACAUAGAAGUCGCGAACUUCGCGAAACAUCCUCAGUCGCAGUCUCAAGCUCAAUCGCAAGCUCAUCCUCCAGAAGAUAUUCCCCAAAAAAGAAGAAAAGUCGUCGAGGAAGAUUCAAGAGUUUCGGAAGUUGUGAGAUCUCCAGACUCUUCACAAAAUCGGGAUGAGAACGAAUUUGAUGUUUUUGGAAAAUACGUUGCCAUACAGCUGCAACGUUUGCCUAUUGAAAAUGCAUUGGAACUCGAGGCUCAAAUUCAUCAGCUGAUUACAGAGACUCGUUUGAGGAUAAUUCGAGCUUCGAACCAAAGAACUAAUUCGAGUGAAAAUUUGCCCAUGAAUUUUGUCGAAGAUUUCGCCAAUAGGGAAUAUUUAGGACCUAAAUUUGAAUAAGUUUAGUUAUAAAACGCCUCCUUUUCAUACCGCUCGACGUUUCGUUUAGCGGUUUGGUCCAAACGUCCCACUGUUUUGAUUGGCUAUGAUUAAACCGCAACCAGAAGUAAUGAAAGCCGCGUGAUUUUCAAACCAUAUUUUACAAUAAAUUUGAAAUUUUGAAAAAAUAAAAUGAAAAAGAUAACAUAAAAUAUAACCAUUUGAAAACGGUAUGAAAUUUAUGAAAA